GGCACAACGGGCUGGUGGCAGCUGCCUACCUGCAGCAGGCAGGGGUGCGCACAGCCGUGCUGGAGAAACGCCAUGUUCUGGGUGGCACGGCUGUCACGGAGGAGAUUGUGCCAGGCUUCAAGUUCUCCCGGGCGUCGUACCUGCUCAGCCUGCUGCGGCCGCAGAUCUACACUGAGCUGGAGCUGCAGCGGCAUGGUCUGAGGGUGCUCCCACGGAACCCCUACUCCUUCACCCCGCUACUGGAGGACAGGAGCCCCCCUCGCGCCCUCCUGCUGGGGCACGACAUGGCUCAGACCCAGCGACAGAUCGCUCAGUUCUCCCAGAAGGAUGCGCAGGCUUACCCUGAGUAUGAGGCGUUCAUGGGGAGCUUGGUGUUGGCCCUCGACCCGCUGCUAGAUGCCCCCCCAGUGGAUACAGCUGCUCUGGGGCAGGGCUCCCUGCUCCAGCGGCUCAGGGCCCUGCGAGCCCUGCGGCCCCUGCUGCGGGCAGGGCUGGCACUGGGGCGGCAGCUGCCCCGUUAUUACGAGGUGCUCACAGCUCCCAUCUCCAAGAUCCUGGAUCACUGGUUUGAGUCGGAGCCCCUGAAGGCAACUCUGGCCACUGACGCCGUGAUUGGAGCCAUGGCCAGUCCCCACACCCCCGGCAGUGG